UCGUAACUUGACGUAUUGUGUUCGGUACUUUCACAAAAUAUGAAGGAAAAUGAAGUCGAUUCCAACAUGGGUCGAUAAAGUACAGGAUAAGGACAGACAAGAUCAAUGUGUAUAUGACAUCGCUUUUCGACCCGAUGGCAGCCAAAUAAUUGUCGCUACGGGCUCUGUUGUUUUGGUUUACGACACAUCAGAUGGGACUUUGAUUCAACCGUUAAAGGGCCAUAAAGAUAGCGUUUUCUGUGUUGCCUAUGCGAAAGACGGGAAAAGAUUUGCAUCAGGUGGUGCAGACAAAUGUGUUAUAAUUUGGACAAAUAAACUGGAAGGAAUAUUGAAAUAUGCACACAAUGAUGCAAUCCAGUGUUUGUCAUAUAACCCUGUGUCACACCAACUUGCAAGCUGUACAGCAAAUGAUUUUGGUUUGUGGUCAGCUGAACAGAAAUCUGUUUCGAAACACAAGGUGUCAUCAAGAGUAACGUGUUGCAGUUGGACUAACGAUGGCCAAUACCUUGCACUUGGAUUGUAUAAUGGAACUGUUAGCAUACGCAGCAAGAAUGGUGAUGAGAAAGUGAAAAUAGACCGACCUACUAACCAUCCUGUCUGGACAAUUUCAUGGAAUCCAUCUAAGGAUGAACCUUAUGAUGUGCUAGCUGUUGGUGAUUGGAAUCAGACACUAUCAUUUUAUCAACUAAGUGGAAAACAGAUUGGUAAAGAUCGACAUUUAGGAUUUGAUCCAUGCAGCCUGGCAUUCUUUUCCCAAGGGGAAUAUCUUGUUAUUGGUGGAUCUAACAAAGAAUGCUCCUUAUACACCAAGGAAGGUGUAAGAUUGGGGUCAGUUGGGGAACAGCAGAGUUGGUUAUGGUCGUGUAGGGUCAGACCUGGACAGAAUUUUGUGGUCACCGGUUGUCAAGAUGGAACUAUUGCAUACUAUCAACUUGUUUUCAGCACUGUCCAUGGGCUGUACCAAGAUAGAUAUGCAUAUCGUGACAACAUGACUGAUGUCAUUGUUCAACACUUGACUACAGAGAAUAAAGUGAGAAUAAAAUGCCGGGAUUUGGUGAAGAAGAUUGCGAUAUACCGUAGUCGACUCGCAAUGCAACUUCCAGACAGAAUAAUCGUGUAUGAAUUAACAAGUGAUGAUCCAACAGACAUGCGCUAUCGCGUUAAGGAAAAAAUCGAGGAGAAAUUUGAUUGUAAUUUACUCGUGGUUUGUGCGAAUAACAUCAUUUUAUGUCAGGAAAAACGUCUCCAGUGCCUUAGUUUCCGUGGUGAAAAGGAAAGGGAAUGGAACAUGGAAUCAUUGAUCAGAUAUAUAAAAGUGAUUGGAGGUCCUCCUGGAAGAGAAGGUCUCUUGGUUGGUUUGAAAAAUGGCCAGAUUUUUAAAAUCUUCACCAAUAAUCCGUUUCCAAUCUUGCUUCUGAAACAACAGACCAGUGUACGUUGUCUAGACUUAAGUUGCAGUCGAACAAAGAUAGCAGUUGUGGACGAGAAUAACACUUGUCUUGUGUAUAACUUGAAAAACAAAGAGCUCUUGUUUCAGGAGCCUGGUGCGAAUAGUGUUGCAUGGAAUACACACAAUGAGGAUAUGUUGUGUUAUUCUGGCAAUGGCGUUCUUAACAUUAAAGCCAGCAAUUUCCCAGUUCAUCAGCAAAAACUACAGGGGUUUGUUGUUGGUUUUAGUGGUUCAAAAAUCUUCUGUCUUCAUGUUUAUGCAAUGACAGCUGUUGAAGUUCCACAGUCUGCGUCUAUGUACCAAUAUCUGGAGACGAAAAUGUACAAAGAGGCUUAUAAAGUCGCUUGUCUAGGGGUCACAGAUGGGGACUGGAGAACACUAGCCAUGGAAGCAAUGGAGGGUCUGAAUUUUGAUAUUGCCAAGAAGUCUUUCACAAGAGUUCGUGACCUAAAAUACCUUGAACUCCUUCAAAAUAUCGAGGAAAGGAAAAAGCGUGGAGAAACUGAAAGCCUGGCGUUUUUAGCCGACAUAUAUGCUUACCAAGGCAAAUUUCAAGAAGCCUCAAAGCUAUACAAGAAGACUGGUAACGACGAAAAGGCUUUGGCGAUGUUCUCCGAUCUCAGGCAGUUCGAGUACGCUAAGGAAUUUAUUGGUUCUGGGGAUGCCAAGAAUGUGAAACAUUUAAUCAAACAGCAAGCAGAGUGGGCCAAGUCCAGUAAUGAUCCCAGAGCUGCUGCUGAUAUGUAUUUGACUGCUGGGGAAUACAUGAAAGCCAUAGAAUUGAUCGGCGAGAACGGAUGGGCAGAUAAGCUUCUUGAGGUUGGAAGAAAUCUAAACAAGGCAGAGACUGAAGCUUUGAAAAAGUGUGCCCAUUAUUUCGCAAAAAUGGACCAGCAUGACUAUGCGACAGAGAUGUACAUGAAAAUGGGAGAUCUGAAGUCAUUGGUUAAGUUACAUGUUGAUACACGACAUUGGGACGAGGCAUUCCAUCUUGUGGAAAAACAGCCAGACUUAAAGGAUGAUGUUUAUGUACCGUACGCCAACUGGCUUGCAGAGAAUGAUAGAUUUGAUGAGGCACAAGAAGCAUUCCACAAAUCAGGUCAACAGCAUAAAGCGGUGGAGGUAUUGGAACAACUUACCCACAAUGCUGUUGUGGAGAACAGAUUCAACGAUGCUGGUUAUUAUUAUUGGAAACUAUCAAUUCAGUGUUUACACGUAGUGCUCGACAAAGACGGGAAAACGGACGCUGAAAUGCUAAGAAAGUUUUACGAAUAUCAAACGAAGGCUGAAAUUUAUCAUCUUUACCAUUCUAUUCAUCGUUACACAGACGAGCCAUUCACAGAUCAUCUCCCUGAAGCCUUAUUUAAUAUCGCUCGUUAUUUGUUGCAUUUAUUGUUAAAAGAAACGCCAUUAGGAAUAUCAAGAGUUGCAACAUUGUUCGCCCUAUCAAAGCAAGGCAAACAUCUUGGUGCUUACAAAAUGGCGCGCUAUGCUUUUGACAAGUUACAGUCUCUCAAGGUUCCUUCGCGGUUUCAAGAACUCAUUGAUGUUGGAAGCAUAACAAUCAGGUCAAAACCUUUUUCUGACAAUGAGGAAGUGCUACCAUUGUGCUAUCGAUGUUCAACCACCAAUCCAUUGUUGAACAGCAAGGGAAAUCAUUGCAUUAACUGUAGACAACCAUUUGUUUUCUCAUUUUCUUCAUUUGACGUGUUGCCUUUGGUCGAAUUUGUCCUAGAAGAUGGAAUAAGCGAUGAAGAAGCUGUGAAAUUGAUCGAGGCGGAUGUUCCAACAAAACGAAAAAAAGAUAAAUCACAAUGGAAUGAAGUUGAUAUGGGCAAUGUACAGUCAUUACAGAUUUCUGAUGAACCAGAUGGCGGCGAUGAUGAUGAUCCAUUCACUGAGAAACUGAUGAGUUUUGAGCAAGGAGGAACGGAGUUCAUCCCAGUUAAAGUUGGUCGUGGCGUGUUACAGUCAAUGAAUCGUCAUGAAGUGUUUAUAAAGAGAUGGCCGAAACCCUUAAAUUAUAACUAUUAUAAAUCAAUUAUGCCCGAUGUCGGAAUUACGCUUUGUCAAUCCUGCAACAGAAUGUUCCACUCGGAGGAUUAUGACUUGCUAGUUCUACAAAAAGGACACUGUCCAUUUUGCAGGAAAAAGGCAGAAAAUGUUUAAAUGCCAUGUAUAUUAUUGAAAGUAUAGUAGACGUGAUUCGUUUAGUAAUUGUAUAUAUUGUUACGAAAGAUUUUUACCACGAUAUAAUGUAACUAAUUUAUUUAUACAAUCUGUAUUGUAUUGUCAUCAUCACACAAUUAGAAUAAGCAAUUUGUAUUGUUUGAGGGUUUGUGCCUCGAUUUUCAAACAUUUGUCUCUACACUGUGGGGAAAUUUUUCAUCAUAUUCUUCUCCGCCAAAAAAAGCACUUCCAAAAAGAAAUGCAAUUUGAUAUCAUUGGGAAAAAAGCCAGGAAGUCAAAUUCAAGCUAGGUCAAACUGAAUUGCCACAGCUGACGUGAUACGUCUUUUAGGCAAUUGGCGAUAUUCGCUUUCUAAGUUACAAAUUUGUUGGGUGGAAUGCAAAUAGAAACAUUACACAAAAUGAUAGUUGAUAGCAGUGGUUGAUACGAUGGCACAUGACUGCUCUGUUUGUACAAUUACCCCAUCACUGGACAUGCUGAGUUGGAAACAAUUUAGUUGGAAGUUGAGCUUUAAGCUAACCGUUUAAGCUGCUGUGUCAGAAACCAUAAUUCAAUACUUUAAA